UUGCAACGCCGCGGCUUCGAGAAGAAACCGGCGAUACAACUGCGGAUGAGAGUAUGCCAGGACGUGGCCUGAUGGCCACACCCAGUAGUAUGACCCGUGCACCCAAGCGGAAGCGGCAGGACACUCCUACUGACCUUCAAGGCCCUCCAACGCAUGUGUUGUGGACGCGAGGAUUCACAAAGGUGUCCUCGUCAGCCCUCGACCAGAUAUCGAGCCAUCGCGAUGCCAACAUGUUUGCGACAGCGCUGCGAGAAAAGGACGCGCCGAAUUAUAGGCAGAUCGUACUGCAGCCGCAAGAUAUUACCUCUAUCCGCUCUGCCAUCAAGGCAGGUAACAAAGCGGCGCUUCAGGCGGCGGCCAAUCUGCCGGGCGGCGAUCCGGGUACGGCGAGCGUUUGGCUUCCCAUCUCCGACGAUCUCGUUCCUCCGAGAGGUAUCAUCAAUAGCGCUCACCUCGAGCGUGAGCUGGUGCACAUGUUCUGCAAUGCAAUCAUGUACAAUCCCGAUCCCGAUCGUGGUCCUGGACCGGCGUUUAUGAGAAGGUCCCAAAGCGAUGAGGAAGAAGUCGUUGGCUAUCGACUCGACGAAAACGGAGUGGUUAAGAACACGCAGAGCAUGUUUCUCGAGGUCGAGAAGCUACUGGGCGAUUUGCGCGCGGCCGAAAAGGACAGGGGUAUUCCACCGAUAUCCACGACGAGGCAGGGAAGUGUGGCCACACCGGCGGAAGACACUGCUGAAGAGGAAGACGAGCUUGCUGGCGAUGGGGACUCGGCUUCGGCUUCGGGGACGGCCAAGAGGAGACGUAUCAGUACUAGGAGUUAGAAACAGCCUGUGCUUAUGAAAAUGCUGGGCGAGAAGCCUCGUGGGAAGGGCGUGCGGAGUCCGAGGGUCUUAAGGGGCUCGAAGUUAUCGAAGUAGCUGGGGAGCGUUAUGUGGAAGGGAAAGGGAAAGGGUAUUAGCGGGUAACGGGAAGCGGCGAAACUGGGGGUUUUUGAUGCUUUUGCGAUGGCUUUUGAGUUGUGUAUAGCGCCUUUUUUGUUAGAGUUGCAAAGUUCAGAGAGUAAUUAUUAGCUUCUAUUAGCUUUUAACUCGAAAUGCGAGCCAAGAUCUCCAGUAAUCGCAACUGGGGCUUGAUAAUGUCUAACGUUCGGGCGAUGCCUUUGAUGCUUUGCGUUACGUGACACAUGAAGCGACUAGGGCGUGU